ACAAAAUGAUGGCAGAAUCUUUCUGUUGCCGUAUUAGAAGUGAUGACGAACUGCUGAAGCCGCCUCUAGCAGCGAUUGACCAUUUCAUCACCAAUGACCAAGCACGACCACGAUGAGCCACCUCGCCAGGCUCUACGCGCCUCUACCACGAGAGAACGAUAUCGAGACCCAUUGGUCGUGUUCGUCGUAGUUCUCGUCGCUUUCCUUGGCUUCUACCGCAUCUACCACCCUUCCGCUACCAUAAGUUCACCAUCAUCUCACGACAAUGACGUCGAUGUCCAGGUCGUCGAGACCUACAACGAAGACCAGCUUCAGGAGGUCGCUACCUUAAUGGACGAACUCUACACCAUUCUAGCAGAUACCUCUUUCAUUCCGCAUGACUCUAUCAAGCGUGGCCCGCACCAGAUCAAUUCUACAGCCAGUCCUUGUAGGCGCGAUCCAGCCGACCUGCGCUUGAUGGAGAUCCUCCCAUAUGUCGACACCACACUACUCGACGAUGACAGUUGGCUAUGGGGUGGCACCUUUGUCGAUUACCGGAAAGAUAAAUUCUUGCGCUACGGCUGUGAUCCUUCCGAAGCAGACGAAGACCCGUCGUACCUCAUGCGUCCAGGAACAGUCCACUUAACCAAUGGCGGCCGGGAUGGCUGGGACCUCUACAGAAGUUGGAAACUCCAAUAUGACACUAGGAAGAAUGCAAUUAGGGUCUAUGAAGGAGAGGAGUGGAUUGAAUACCAGCCACAGGUCAAUGGGUGCUUGUUUCAAUUCCGAGAUCCAUACAGGAACGAAAAGUACAGAUCUGGUCGCAAAUGGGAAGACACCCCUGUCUUUGAAGGGAGCAACUCAACGGGAAGUCUCUUGGUGAACAGGCACAGCCGUGGAUGGACGAGAUGGACUGAUGCGCCAACCUUCUUGAGGAGGAUCAGAGACGCAUAUCGGAGCACAGCAUGGACACCAUGGGUGGCCGCGAACCCCGCUGAUCGGCGCGUCCUUCCGCCGUCCCACAACAUUACCUCAUCGCUUCUGAUCAGGAACGGUUGGCCCGAAAAGCUUGACAUUGAUCAGUUUUGGGCUGACUUCAUCCGGGCGCGGCACAAGCCGUCAGCACGAGGCUGGGCCGAAGGUGCUUUCCAACACAUCAAAACUCACCAGGAUGAUCCAGACGAUCCAUUCAACAUCUACUAUCAAAAGAGAGCUCUACAACGACGUCAGGGUCAUGAGUUUUUCGGAGCGACCGAAAAGUAUACUGGAGACUUAAGCAGCGGCGGAGUGUUGUGGAGCAUGAUGAUGGAGGCGGAAAGAGUAAAGAAUAAAAUCGAUCAACACAACAAAGAUUACGAAGAAGGGAAACGGAAAAUACAGCGGCUGUGUACAGACGGUAUUUGUGUCGAGGAAGAGGAUCUCAUUCUUUGGGAGUUCAGAGAACUAGAAAAGACACAUACAAAGGCACAGCUCGAACACGACACUAAGACACUGUGCGAACGUCGCGCCUUGGAGCUAAAAAGGUUUCAUGACAAGCAUUUAUCGUCAGAUCAGCACGCAAGUUGCGUCACCCAACUCAACUUGGAGAGACACUGGCUAGAGCUGGCGUACCAACAAUCCCGCGCCGAUGCCCUCGCUCAAUGCGCUCGAAGCAACAAGGACCUCCUCCCCCCUGCCUCGUUCGAGACCCUCGCGAGUAUCCGCAUUGCCGAUUAUGAAAGUAGUAUUGCCAGCUAUGACAGCAUCCCAGCGCUGAUUGACGCCUGGCAAGAGAGAAACAAAGCACCUGAAUCUACCAUCGAGACACUUUACGAGAACUAUCAUUCUGCCAAGGCUCAUGAUGCCAGAUAUUACGGGUCGCGGAUUGAGGAAAUCAAAAAGGCUUUGUCUGGUGACAUUGGCGACGAAGCCCUUCUAGAGCUCUGGAACAGAUUGGAGUUGCCGGAGAAGCCUCGUUCAGAAUCUUAUGAGAGACUAUUCUACUAGAAGGUACAUGGCCCAGAUAUCAACAUGAAGAGUGGUGGUCGCAAUGGUCAAAGGUGGCGAUUACGCUCACUCUCUUCUCAAUUCAAACUGCAUUCACCUUCAUAUCACUUCCUGUCACUUCACUUCACCUCACUUGCUCACAUCACAACACAUCAAAACGCAUUAAAACACCGCCAACUCCUUCCUCAAUGUUCUAGCAAGCCAGAA